AUGGAUCUCAAACUGAUCUGCGUGCUCUCCGUCGUCUUUGUUGCAGCCCUCAGCACCUUGGCAGAGGGAAAGGAGGUACCAUCAAAAUGUCAAUGUAAAGUGCCCCCCCGGGAGAGGAAGAACUGCGGCUACCCAGGAAUCACAGAAGAGGAGUGCAGGAACGCUGGAUGCUGCUUCAACAAUUCAAUCCGCAACAAGCCCUGGUGCUUUGCUCCUAAAGAAAAGAAAGUUAGGAGAGUGUGCCCGGAUGGAGCUCACAUCAGGGUAAACUGUGGCUUCCCUGGCAUCACGAGGAAUGAGUGUGAAAGGAAGGGGUGCUGCUUCAGGCCUCAUCCCGCUGGUGUCCCCUGGUGCUUCUAUCACCGAACGGUGGAGGCAGUUUGUUAA